CUCCUUCCUCCAAGCACUUUGAUUUUCCCCUCCCUGCCCCGAAUGGUAGAGUUUAGCAGAGGCUGUAUUUCGGAUCCUUCAACACUGGGCUUUGAUCCUGAAAUUAUUUUCUGCAGCAGGAUCUUCUGGAUUGCACCUAGCCCAAACUGUGAUGUGGAGGUCCCUGAACGGCUUUCUUCCUGCUAUGGCCGCCUUCAGCACUAUCACCUGAUUGAAAGAUGCAUUUCUGUCUCUGCCAGAGAAGGAACUGAGAGUGAAAUCAUGCUGAUCCACAGUAUGGAUUAUGUGGAAAUUGUGAAGAGCACUGAGAAAAUGGAAAAAGAAGCGCUCCAAAAAGUCUCUGCUGAAUAUGAUGCUGUUUACUUUCAUCCAACAACAUAUCGUUGUGCCAAAUUGGCUGUGGGAGCAACACUGCAACUGGUAGAUGCUGUGAUGUCGGGAAAGACCCGUAAUGGCUUGGCUCUAGUAAGGCCUCCAGGUCAUCAUAGUCAAAGAAGUGCAGCCAAUGGAUUUUGUAUCUUCAAUAAUGUUGCUAUUGCAGCAAAAUAUGCUCAAAGAAAAUACGGCCUGCAAAGAAUCCUCAUUGUUGACUGGGAUGUGCAUCAUGGACAAGGAAUUCAAUACGCAUUUGAUGAUGACCCAAGUAUUCUUUAUUUUUCCUGGCAUCGGUUCGAACACCAGAAAUUUUGGCCUUGGCUCAGUGAAUCUAAUUAUGAUGCGGUUGGUCAGGGGAAGGGAAGAGGAUUCACCAUAAAUGUUCCUUGGAAUCAGGUUGGAAUGGGAAAUUCAGAUUAUUUGGCUGCAUUUCUUCAUGUUUUGCUUCCAAUAGCUUUUGAGUUUGAUCCAGAACUUGUUUUGGUUUCUGCUGGAUAUGAUUCUGGAAUAGGCGAUCCUGAGGGGCAGAUGAAAGCAACUCCAGAAUGCUUUUCCCAUCUUACUCAUUUUCUAAUGAAUUUAGCUAAAGGAAAGUUGUGUGCAGUUUUAGAGGGUGGAUAUCACUUAAGGUCACUCUCUGAAUCAGUCUGCAUGACUCUAAAAGCUUUGUUUGGAGAUCCUUUACCUCCUUUGUCUGGUGAAAUGAUGCCAUGUUUAAGUGCAAGGGAAUCAAUUCAGAAUGUAAGAGCUGCACAUAAGCCAUAUUGGAAGUGUUUGACAUACGAAGAUGUAACUCCAGUGCAAGAUCUCAGUACUAGGUCCUGUCAAGCAGAGGAAGCUGAGCUUACACAGACCAAUGUGGAACUCCUAAGCUCUCAAGAAGUCGGAAAGGGAGACGUCAAUGAAGUCAUCAAAACAGAUAGGUUUUUGGAGAUGCAUAUGAAAAGCAUUUUGUCUUUGAAACCUCCUAUUAAAACAGCAGCAGCUAUUGAUGAGAGUGAUACACAUCUGCUCUCACCAACUGUUCACAUUCCAAAUGGACUGGAUGUGAAAGAGUUCAAAGCAACUAUCAGUCCAUUUGAUGUGAAAAAUAUGAAAGAAGAGGCCUUGAGCUCACUCUUGAACAUGCUGGCUGUCCUUAACAAAAUAAUUAAAAAGGAGGUGAUCAAUGGGCUUGCAGUUUCAUCUACACCUUCACUUGCUUCUGCCAUUGCGGUAGCACAUUGUAGAAACCUGAAGGUACAAAAAGUCCUGUGUGUAUUUGUUGGUGACAUGGACAUGAAAAUUGAGUUGGAAAAUGGCAAAGUCUUCUUAAUCAAUAUUUGUGCUAAACAUUCUGAACAAGUUAACACCAAAUACAAUAUCUCUCUCAACUGGAAAGAAGAUCCUAAAACAAACAACUUCUUCUCUGCUACCUUUGGAUUUAUUCUUCCAGUCGCGUACAGCUAUCAGCCUAAUUUAACUAUUAUAAUUGUUGGACCAAACCAGAACCUUGGCAAAAAUAGAAUUUCCUUGCUUAUUAAUUUACUGCAAGGAUUAUCGAACUCUCAGAUACUCGCUGUAAUCCAGGAUACUGAAGAAAAAAUAAUGCAAAAUAUAACCAACAUCCUGAUAGGUGAUUUUAUAACCAACUUUGGUUCCUUUGCACCGGAUUUAAAGGAGAAUAUGGAAAUGGUAAAAGAAUUAAGAGAGCAAUUUCAACAGGAAUGGAAAUUGCUUCAGUGUUCAGCAAAGAACUUCAAAGAUGAAAAGUAAUCUUUAUUUCAACAAUCUCUUCUCCCACAUGAAAACAAACGAUCAGAACAAGAUAAGCUUUAGAAUAAAAGGGCACAAAAUGUUCCUGAACUGAUUUUUAUAUAAUUUGUACAUUGAGAACUAUCUCCCAGCCUGUUAACUUCAGAAAUGUUAUUGGCUUUGCUGUAAAGACUUUUGAAAAUUUUAUACAGUACAUAUAUAUUUAUAUAUGUACUGUAUAAAUGUAUGAAUAUUGUAUGAAUACUGUAUGAAUAGAAAGGGAACUCAUCAAAUUUGCAGAUGACACUAAACUGGCAGCAAUAACCAACGCUCCAGAAGAUAGGCUCAAGAUUCAGAUGGAUCUUGACAGAUUUGAACACGGGGCCCUAUGUAACAAAAUGAAAUUCAAUGUAGAGAAAAGUAAAGUUUUACCUUAGGCAAGAAAAAUCAAAUGUACAGGGACAGAUUAGGUAAAACCUUGCUCAGUAGCAGUUAACCAUGAAAGGGAUCUUGGCAUCCUUAAAUAUGAACCAGCAGUAUGCAACAGUCAACACAAUCCUUGGUUGCAUUAACAGAUAGAAUCAAGAUCACGUGAAAUAUUAAUAUCACUUUAUAAAGCCUUAGUAAGACCAUACUUAGAGU